UGUUACAUUCAAUAGAACUUUAAUCAAUUUCGGAACAUGUAGAGGAGAAGAAGUUCGACUUCUGAACAUGUAGAGAAAAAGAAGUUGGAAUUCUGAACGGGGAUGAUUCUUCUCAUGAACUGGGAUGAUUUCUGGUGAAGGGGGAGCUGAGAAAUCGAUUAAUCGAAAUUUGAAUGGUAAUUCUCAACUCUAAUGGAUUCCGAUGAGCAAAGAUGCACAUCCAGCCUCAAUAUGCCGGAAAUAUCUAAGGAUAAAUCUGGUAAAACAAGAAAGAAAAGGAAGCAAGAUCGAAAGAAGAAUUGCAGACUUGAGGAAGGCCUGGCUAAUUGCUACCUCACUGUCCCAAAUGAAGAGGAGGAAUUGUGGGAGAACUGUAAUGAUGGUGAUGAGGAAGAAAAAGAAAAUGAAUUGAGCCUGAAAGUAGACAAGAAGACAGAUAAAAGGAUGGAAAAAGAUGAAGAUGAGGACAUCAAAGAACAGGUGUUGAAGGAAAAGAGGAAAAAGAAGAAUAAGGUUAGAAAGAGGGAAGAGGAUGAUGAUGGGAGGGACGAAGAGGAGGAUGCAGAGGGACAAGAAGAAGAAGCUGAUGAUGAGGUGCAAGAGAUAAAGAAGGUUGUGAGGAGUUCUGGUUCGGGGAUUAUAGGCACUGAGUCAUUUGCAACUAUGGGCCUCUCAGAGCUAACUAUGGAAUCUAUUAAUGAGAUGGGGUUCGAGUACAUGACUCAGGUAACAAAUGAAGGACUCAAACUGGGGUACUGUGUCAUUCCUAGUGCCAAGCGGUUCAUCGUUCUGUACUCUUUUCUGAAGAAAAACCUUUCAAACAAAGUAAUGGUUUUCUUCUCUUCGUGCAACUCCGUAAAGUUCCACUCUGAACUUCUUCGGUACAUUCAUAUUGAUUGCUUAGAUAUUCAUGGAAAGCAAAAACAGCAAAAGCGGACCUCUACCUUCUUUGAUUUCUGCAAAGCCGAAAAAGGCAUUUUGUUAGGUACUGAUGUUGCUGCUAGGGGUCUUGAUAUCCCUGCUGUGGACUGGAUUAUACAAUAUGACCCCCCAGAUGAGCCCAAGAAUUUGUGGUUCACAGCAAUUCUUACAGAUUUCUCUCUCCUCUGCACAACUCUCCACCACACAAUACCCACUAUCUUAAACUCUGUGCCAAACCUAUUUGGAAGUUUAAUAAGGGACGGAGGUAGUAUUAUUCUUUACAAAAUCAUUUGUCAGGUGGCAAAAGUCCCUGUAAAACAGUAUGAAUUUGAUGACAGAAAGCUGGCUAGUGUGCAGUCUCACCUGGAAAAAUUGGUCUCUAAUAAUUAUUACCUGAAUAAAUCCGCUAAAGAGGCUUACAGAUCUUACAUAUUGGCUUAUAAUUUGCACUCCAUGAAGGAUAUUUUUAAUGUUCAUCAUCUUGAUUUGCAGGCGGUUGCGACAUCUUUCUGUUUUUCAUCUCCUCCGAAAAUAAAUAUAAAUAUAGACAGCAAUGCGGCCAAGUGUCGGAAGAAGCACAAAGGAGAAGGCAGGCGUAAUGGGUUCAGUGAGAGCAGACCAAUUUCUAGUAUACUUGUGAGUUAGGGAAGUCUGCAAAGGGCUUUCUCACUUUGUCUGACAGAAGGGGAUUUCCUUGUUUACCAUGCAAUUUUGUUCUAACCUUAUUUACUUGCUGCUUUGAAUGAGAUUAAUUUAAAAACUACAGUUUUGGAUUAUUAUUAUUAUUGUGGUUGAUAUUAUUAAUUUUUAAAUUCUUAUACAAUUGACAUUUUGGCCUUC